AAUGUCUCGCUACGUCAAUUUAGUAAAAAUUUAGAUCAUUUUUGAAAGUAAGACAAGAGUGUUCCAUGCAAGCCACUUGAAGAGUUUGAUAUUAAAAUAUACAGAGAAAAACUUAAUGAUAUAUAUGGAAAAUCACCACUUGCAUCUUAGUAUACCUAACCUUCAUCUCCUAAAAAGAAUAAUAAAAUUGUGUAUUGAAUAUAUUUUAUAAUAGCAAUCCAAGUUUUGAUUUAUUACAAACUAAAUUAAAGGAUUUUUCAAAUAAAAAAAGUGCAUCACCAUUAAAAUUAAAAGUUGAUUAAGGUUCUCCAAAUAGAGCUUCAGGAAUGCAAUAGUAGUAAUCUAUUAAAAAAAUAAAAGAAUUUCUAAGAUAGGAACCUUAAAUUUUACAUUGCCAUCAAAACAAAUGAGAGUUGGAUCUGUUUAUAACAAUUAAUAGUUUAAUGGUCCAAUAAGUGAAGAUAGAAAAAUAUAUCCAAUUAGAUUUGAGACUGAAGUUUAAGAAAAAUCAUCUUAUACUUAGAAACCGUAAGAAUUAAUUAUAGAUUUUAAGGAUUACAAGUAUGAUACCUCUACAUGAAAUUAUGAACAUGAGAAAUAAAUUAGAAAAUGCCUAAUUAAAUGUUAAUUAAAUAAGUUCUGCUUAUACAAGUGAAAUGGUUAAAUUGGCUUCGGUUAUCAACUCAUAAUUGAAAAAGAAAUAAAAAUGA